AUGUCCCGUGCCGAGGUGCCGCUCAUGCGCAAAAAGAGGAGGAGCCGGCAGAGUGCUCGAGCCUCUGCCGUCGCCAUCGACGCUGCCACCUCGGACGUCGGGCAAGAGGUCGUGGAGAGGCGGGCUUUCUGCCUGGAAGACUACGUUACGGCGGCUCGCAACCCAUCCAAGACACUCUCGGCCAGCCUGUUCAUGUUCUUCGCCACACUGUUCAGCACCGUCGCCCUCGGGAGCCUGAUUGAGAAGCAGACGCUCAGCCGCAUCGGCCUGACCGAGUACCUCUACAUGAACUCGCUCGCCGGCAUCAUCCACUCGCUGCUUGGCACGCAACCGCUCCUUGUCAUCCGACCAACUGGGCCCGUCACAGCGAUCAUCAUCAAGCUGUCCGGCACGUCGGAUCACUUCGGCUUCAAUUUUCACCACUUCCUCGCCGCGACGGGCGUCUGGGUCGGCCUCUUGCUCGCGGCCAUGGCGGUUGCCCGUGUCUCGCGCUACGCCUACCGCCUCACUCCCUUUACGCACGAGAUAUUCGCCUGCUUUGUCUGCUCAAUUUACCUCUCCGACGGCAUCAGCUCCUGUAUCGCGCGCCUUGAAGGCUCCGAGGCCUCCUUUGAGCGCUUCGGUACGGCCCUCUUCAACCUUAAUCUCGCGGCUAUCACGUUUGGCGGCUCGGCCGUACUCGCCGGCGCCGUGAGCUGGAGACUCCUGCCUCGCUCCAUGCGUGCCGUGAUUGCCGACUACGCCGUGACCAUUGCUGUAGUAUUCACAACCGCAGCCAGCUUGUGGUCCGACAUCGCAGCCCCGCGGGUGGAGCGCAUCUCCAUGCCGAGCACGUUCUCCCCGACGUGCCACCACACGCCGUCCGACUUUGAGUGUCUUCACCAGCACGUACCAGAGCCAUCGCUCGUGACCGCCCCGCCCCGCGCUUGGUUCGUCGGCUUUCCGGUCGAACCCUUCUGCUGGCUCGUCGCGCUCGCUGCCGCGCUGCCCAUCUCCUUCUUCUUUUUCAUCGACCAGAGCAUUUCGUCGCUGCUCUGCCAGCUCCCUUCCAUGGGCCUUCGCCGGGGCACAUACAUGCACGUAUCGCUCCUGAUCGUUGGCGUCUUCAACGCUGUCGGCCCGGCAUUCGGACUACCAUUCGUGACUGGAAGCCUCCCGCACUCGCCGCAGUUUGUUGCAGAGUCACGCGUCGCACCGUUGCUCAUGUACACCCUGAUGGGCCUGCCACUUCUCUCUCCCGGCUUGCUCAAGCUCAUCCCGGAGGCGGCGAUCGACGGCAUUCUCGCCUACGUCGGCUACGAAGGCAUCGUGUCGACCGACCUAGUGCUGCACGGCUUCACUGCUAUCCAGCUGGCUAUGCUCGCCUUGUGCUGGGCGGUCAACCUCUCGCCUGCGGGCCUCUGCGUGGCCUUUGUCGUGCUGUCUCUGAUCCCGCUGCGUGAGCGGCUCCUGCCGCGCUACUUCUCGACCGAGCAGCUCGCCGUGCUCGAUGGGGGCAGUCUCGCUUCGCCGCUGACACCACAGCCCACCCCGCCCAAAGCUCGGCCCAGUCGCGUGGCGCCCGAUCCGCACAUGAGCCACGCAAUCGUGGUGCACGGCGAGGCACCGCUCGCAGCGGCGGCCAACGAGGAGACAGCAGAGGUAACAGUCGGAGACCAAGCCGAACUGAGCGCACGACUGACUGAGCCAGACUUCUCACAGCCGCCCGAGGAGACGAGAGUUUCGAGGGAGAAGGUGGUGGUGGAUUACCUCGACUAG